AGGCCGCCAGCAAUUGGUCGGACCUGGUCACACAGACAAAAAGCCGUGCGAAAUCGAGCGAAGUUUUAAGGAAUUUCGGUGGCCAUGCCAUGAAAGUUAUAUUAUAAUCAUCCGGACCGGACCGCCAUGCUGUCUACGGCCAGCAGCAGCUUAAGUAAUUAGCAGCUGUUUUGGUCGCAGUUGCCAAACCCACAAUCAAGUGCAAAAAAGCGUCCUUUGCGGAGACCAGCGCCUUUUAAGCCACGAUGACACCGUUCGAUGACUUUGUCUAUCUCAUUAAUCAUGUGUUGCUGGGCGAGGAGCCGACCAUUGAGGAUUUCAUUCUGCUGGUGGGCACUUUGGUGGCGUUUAUAGCCUUCAUCCUGUGGUGCUGCUUUCCCAUACAACCGAAGCAGGAGCCUGGUCCCCAUCGCCAGUUCACGUGCAAGAUUAUUCAGAACCCCAUCAAGGCCUUCGACGCCUCCACCAGCACCGAUGAUGCACCUAACCCGGCAGGUGGAUCCGGAACUGGAGGCUCCACAUCCAACAUGCAGUACAAUGGGAGCAACAGCGGCGGUGGCAGUGCAAGUGGAAGCUACAGCAAGAACGGCACAGUCGCUAUGCACAAUUACUAUGUUAAGAACGGACACCACUGCUGCACCUAAUAUUGAUCAUCCCAACUAGCCACUGCCCAUGUCCCAGGCAAAGCGCAGCCAUACCGUGUGCGGCGGUGUAUCGAUUGAGAUUUGUGCCAAUUGGUCCGACAGGUCGCUAGGCGGCAGCUUAAAGCUGCUCGUUCGUAUUCGCAGGCACAUUUGAAUUGUAAUUGCUCAGACUGAUUUGUUUAUGGAACACAAGGAGGAUGACGAGGAGGACAGGUACCAGGGUCAAGGCCAAGCACACAGUUUUUAAAACUUCCUUGAUAUCCUUAAAUAUUGUGUGCAUUUGUUGACAUACCAAAUGUUGUGUGCGUAUUUGUGUAAAAAAAGGAAAGCUGGGUGUAAAAACCAAGCCACUAAUUCUAAGUAUUUAUUUGUGUAAACGAUUCGCUUGGCCCCCGAGAAACUUCAAGACAUUUGCCAACACAUUGUGUGCAAAAAAACAAAAGCCCUUAAAAUAGCUAUCAAUUAUGUUUAGUCGGGGUGGAGUUCUUAAGCGUCCCCUCAGCUAUGCAUAUAUACAUUUAUAUAUCUUAAAGAUACAUAAUGUACACACCCAGAUACACACAAAUUAAUUAGCAUAAGUAUUCGCCCUAAAAUUGCUUCUGAUUUAUUUUUAUUUGAUGUGUAUUACGGUGUAUUUGAUCUCAUUUAAAGACUUUGUGAUUUUACUUCAAAAUAAUCCCCAUACUUCUUUAAUGUGAAUGGUUUGUAAACCCCUCUUAAAAGCAAAUGAAACUCAAACUUUACGACAAGCCGA